AUGUCCGCCGCGACGUCGCCCGCUUCCGCGCCCGCGCGCUCGAUUCGAUGCCGCCAUCGCGCGGUCGAGCGCAUAGCGCGGUCCGCUCGCGCAGGUCCGCGGCGGUGCCGCGCCUCCGCGCGCGCGGGAUGCGACGAACGCGCGUCCGACGCGGACGCGGCACGCUCGACAUCGCUCUUUUCGCCGUCGUCGACGCGCGUCGCGUCGCUCUCGCUCUCCGUCGCCGCGGCGUCGGUGAUGACGCUCGCGGCCGCGGCCGCGCCCGCGCUCGCAGAUGACGCCGCCGCGGUGUUCAACAAGACGUGCGCCGGGUGCCACGCCGCGGGAGGGAACGUCGUCCAAGCCGGCGCGACGCUGUUCCCCGCGGACUUGCAGAGGAACGGCGUCAGCGACGUGGACACGAUUUACGACGUGAUCAGCAAGGGGAGGAAUAAGAUGCCAGGGUACGGCGAGGAGUGCGCGCCGAAGGGGCAGUGCACGUUCGGGCCUCGUUUAAGCGACGAAGACGUCCGAGAACUUUCGACGUACGUGUUGGCGCAGUCGAAAGAGGGGUGGAAGUAG